AUGGUCCAAUUCAGUCUUUACGGAAAGCCUCUCUUCCCUGUUCUUGUCCUUGCUCUUUCAACCUGUGCCGCGGCCGUUGUUGAUAAGUGGACCCCAGAAGGCUUCAACUGGAGUGCCCUAGACACCGGCACACGGGAAAGCUGGAAGGGUCUCUAUCUGAACCAUAACAACACUGAGGCACACGUUCGCGAGCUAACGGCGAUCACCGACGUCGACGUGAGAACAACGGAGGAUGGUGUUACUCUGUUGGUGGCCCCUUGGGCGAUCGGUCUGGCAUGGCAUGCCUUCAACCUCGUUCUCACUGGCGCCGGCCUGGCAAGCACGAUCAAGACAUGCGCGCAAAACGAAGGCCAGGCUGACAACAUAUUCUUCUGCGUCACCGGUCUGGUCAGCACCAUCAUCGGCGUGGGGGGUGAAGUGUCUGCCGCGAAGAAAUUCGCCGAGUCCAAGGGAUACCUGGGCGUUGCUGCGAACGCCUGGAUGCAGUCGGGCUUCGAACGGAUUGACCUGACCGAAUUCGCGCGGGACCUGGACAGUCUGCCCGCCACACAUAUGACUUCGCAAAAGGCCCAUAACCACUUCGUCCACAAUGCGUUGCGCAGCCUGUCAACGGAUGAAGUUGAUUUUGUCGGGUACGCGCCUGAUUCUCACAAGCUAGCCCGGCGUGACUCCAGCGUUCAUCCCUAUGCGCCGAUGUUCCGCUUCAACCACCACAAGUAUGGUCCCAUGGAGCUCACCUCGCGAGACAUGGGGCAGACGGGGGUGCACUUUACCAUUUCGUACGCGGGCCACCCUACCCACCACGCGACCCAUGCGAAGCGCGAGGAGUUUUACAAACAUGAGCGGCUCGACGAACACCUGAUGGAGGGGCGGUUUGACACGAGCGCCUCGCUCGCCGAUUCUGGUGACAUUUCCUUCGAUGGGGCCGAGGCUUUUGGUCAGAUCGAGAAGCAGGUCGAGUGUUUUGCAGGAACAGAGUGGAAUGAGGGUAACGUGCUUUCCGUCCAGAUGUUUGAUAACGCCAACCAUGCUACGUUCGGGUAUGCUUCGAUUGGUAUUUUCCCAGACAACAGUGUCGACUCGGGACUUCAGGACUUUGAGCCCCAAGGAAUGCCGUUGACUGGUGGGCAGGAUUGUUAA